AUGGCCGAUGACAGUGGACAGUGUGCAAACAAACGUCGGAGGCUGACGGAUUGUUUUCUUUUAUCUGUAGAUGAUUUGUCACUCUCUGAUAAAUCUGAUCUAACAACAGCUUUUCAUAAACUUUGUUCAACGUAUUAUGCUCUUAAUAUUAGACUAUUACCGUACAAAAUCAAUUAUUGUAAUGCAGCAAUUUCCAGUGGAGGAGUGACAUUUUCAGAAGCAUUCUGUGAGUUAGAAACCUUGAAGAAAGGAUUCUUUUUAGGAGAUAUUUUCAGGAGAGGGCUGGAUAUUGGGAUUGAAUUUCUGCAAGGAAAAAUUCCGGAGGCAAAACAUGAAAAAAUAAUGCUUGCAAAACUUGUCAGUUUUUUGAAAGCAGGUGAAAAGGUUGAUUUGGACUGUGAAAGUGAAACUGACUUAUCUGUACUUUCUAAUCAUCUUUUUGCAAAAUUGGCAACAUCCUCAGACUUCACCAUUGAUAAAAACUGCAAAAAUACCAGAAAAUAUGAGAAAAGAAAUCAAUGCAGCUGCAGGGAUGAAAAUUGUUUGUUUACUGGAUGCUAUGGGGAUACAAGUAUAGGUAAUAACAAAGUAUGGCAUGGUGAUGUAGAUGCCAUAAUCAAGAAUGAAAUCGUCAUUCAGAAUUUGGAGGUUGAACUAGAUUCUCCAUUUUGCAGGAACCCACAGCUGGCUGCAGAAACUAUUGUGUUUUCUUUUCUGCAGAAGAAAAGGCAUCCAGAGCUAUCCAAUUUCCUUAUUCCAUGUAUAGGCAUUGCUGAUAAUGCCAUGAUUUUGAUGUUUUAUGAUUCAGAGAAUGAUGUCCUUCUAGAGAGUUCCCCAGUUCCACUUACAUCUACAACAUGUAAAAACAAGUUUUCUGUUGAGGCAGUCUUAAUAUCCUGGCUAGCCAUUAAUUACAGAUUUCUGUGCACAGGUUUAACAGACGAUAUGCUCCCAUACAAAGCCGGUUUCUUUGCACAAUCUAAGGACAUGAUAAAUGUUUAUGAAAAUAAUCUUACAAUGCAGAAUAUAGGUCCACCGCCAGCAAAAGAGAUUAUUUUACCGAGUGAAUGGAGUUAUAAUGCUUAUUUGUUAGAAAAACAAAGAAGACUGAAUGAAGUGUCCAAAAAUUUGAUACUCAAGGAAGAAAAGUAGUAUGAAGAUUAAAGCUGUAGCUGGUACUGGUAAUUCACAUGAUUGCAUACUUUGUAUAACAUAAAGCAUGGCAUUACAAAGGAUCUUUUUGACUUCACUACUAAAGAUCUGAGGCUGUUAGACAUGUAAAAAGAAUCUGGAAACCAAAAAAAAAAAAACAAAACAAAACAAAACAAAACAAAAAAAAAAAAAGGAAAUGAAAACAAAACAAAACAAAUCGUGGAAAAAAAUCAUGAAUUUUGAAGGUUAUUUAUUGACUUGAAAAACUGUAAAUUAUUCCCAUGCAAAAGAUCUUGUAUGUACAGUACAUGUAAUUAGCCAA